AUGGAUGGAACAAUAGAGGAAGACAUCCCGAUGCGCUUCCACUCUACUACUUCUUCGCCAGAGGAUACUUUCAUAGAUACCGACAAAGGCCUCCGAAACCCCCCUUCGCAAUCAUGGACAGCCACCACUCGCUCGUUUAGUCGUUGGCUAUUGACACCCGUGGGAUUUGGAAUUACGAUAUAUGGCUUGAACGUGAUUGCAUGGGGCGGAAUGCUAUUUCUACUGCUUUGCAAUGCCGCCCCUGCAAUGUGCCACCCAAGCUGCAACAGUCUGGAUUCAUCACGUCGGAUAUGGAUUGAGAUCGAUUCUCAGAUUCUCAAUGCUCUAUUCUGCGUGACCGGCUUUGGUCUAGCCCCGUGGCGUAUUAUAGACACCUACCACUGGUGUUUCUGGCGACUCGGCUGGUCGGAACGAAGUCGUCAGAGAGGGAUCAACAAGCUUGCAACUAUUCACGCCAAAUGGUUUCUACCACAUACAUCAAUGAGUGUUCUGCCCCUCACAGCAGACCCCGGGGACCGAGGCAGCAUGGAAGGGGGUGAUUAUGUGUCGCCCACCCCACUUUGGAAAUUGGACGUAGUCGUUUGGGGGAACAUGCUGAAUACUGUUUUCCAGAUCUGCUUGGCAGCUUUCAUGUGGGGAAUGAAUCGGUUCAACCGACCGAGCUGGAGUACUGGACUCUUUUUUGUUGACUUCAAUGAAUACAAGAUGAAAGAUGACUUAUUUGUGUUAUAG